GCAGACCGAGCGAGACCUGGGCCCUCACUGCAGACCCAGCUGCUGGACGGGACCUGGUGCUGCUCCCUGACACAAUGACCUUGUUCGAAAAUGUCACCCGGGCCCUGGCCAGACAGCUAAACCCUCGCGGGGACCUGACACCCCUUGACAGCCUCAUCGACUUCCAGCGCUUCCAUCCCUUCUGCCUGGUGCUGAGGAAGAGGAAGAGCACGCUCUUCUGGGGUGCCCGGUAUGUCCGCACGGACUACACACUCCUGGACAUGCUCGAGCCGGGCAGCACACCCUCAGAUCCAACAGAUGUGGGCAAAUUUAGCUUUAAAAAUAUGCUGGAUGCCCGAGUAGAGGGAGAGGUGGAUGUGCCGAAGACCGUCAAGGUGACGGGGGCGGCAGGGAUGUCCCGGAGCAGCACCCUGGAGGUCCAGACCCUCAGCGUGUCUCCCAAAGCCCUGGAGAGCUUGCACCAGGAGAGGAAGCUGACGGAAGAGCACCCCUUCCUGAAGGAGAUGCGGAAUAGAGGAGAGAACCUGUAUGUGGUGAUGGAAGUGGUGGAGACGGUCCAGGAGGUCACUCUGGAGAGAGCUGGCAAGGCAGAGGGGUGCUUCUCCCUGCCGUUCUUUGCCCCAUUGGGGCUACAGGGAUCCUUAAACCACAAGGAGGCUAUAACCAUCCCCAAGGGCUGCAUCCUGGCCUUCCGAGUGAGACAGCUGAUGGUCAAAGGCAAAGAUGAGUGGGAUAUUCCGCACAUCUACAAUGAUAACAUGCAAACCUUCCCUCCCGGAGGAAAGCCAGAAGAGGAGAAGUUCAUCCUUAUCCAGGCAUGUGAUGCUGGGGAGGUGCAUGAGGACUUCAAGACACUGAAAGAAGAGGUUCAAAGAGAGACCCAAGAAGUGGAGAAGCUGAGCCAAACAGGGAAACGCUCCCUGCUCAGCUCCCUCAGCAAACUUCUAGGGAAGAAAAAGGAGUUACAAGACCUGGAACAUACACUUGAAGGGGCUCUAGACAAAGGACAUGAAGUGAGCCUGGAAGCGCUCCCGAAAGAUGUCUUCCUCUCCAAGGACACUACAGGUGCCAUCCUCUAUUUCCUUGGAGCCCUCUCAGAGCUGAGUGAAGUCCAACAGAAGCUGCUGGUAAAAUCCAUGGAGAAAAAGAUUCUACCCAUGCAGCUAAAGCUGGUGGAGACCACCAUGGAACAGAAUUUCCUACGGGAUAAAGAGGGGGUUUUCUCCCUGCAGCCUCAGCUGCUCUCCUCCCUUGGAGAAGAAGAACUGACCCUGACUGAGGCCCUUGUGGGGCUGAGCGGCCUGGAGUUACAGAGAUCAGGCCCUGAGUACACGUGGGACCCAGACACCCUCCCCCACCUCUGUGCCCUCUAUGCUGGCCUCUCCUUCCUGCAGCUACUGACCAAGGCCUCCUAACUUACUGUUUGCAUCUGCUUCCUGCUUCCCUCAAGCCUUCCCUCCCUUCCUCCUCUGUGUUAUUAACACCUCAGAGCCAACAGGGUGAGGGAUGGAAACCCUAGCUGAUCACCCCAGAUUCCCACUUCCCCAGUCCAACCCUGUAGCUCCCCCUGCUCCUACAACCCCACAGCCAGAUAAGCCUUCUCUGCUGAUGUUUACUCCUCUAAGAGUGGAAAUACUCAAGCUUUUAAAACUACAUGAAAAGCAGUUCUGCAAAACCAAGUAAAAAAAAAUUAAUUUAUUUCGUUUCCCAGUCCCUCCUGCUUCUGCUUCCAAAAAUCAAGCUUCACUGGAAUUAAUGGUAAAUAUUAUUUUUGGAUGAGAUGUCUUUGUUGUUGCUCUUUAAAGAAUCUACCACAAGAAAAUUCUUAAUUUGUUCCAGAAAAAAAGAAAGGCAUACUACAUAUAGAUUAUAUGUAUAUAAACGCUCUAUGUUCUUCAGACCAGAAAAUGUUCAAAGAAGAACUUUGAGGGUAUAGCAUGUGGAAUCUAGAUUCUAAAGUAAGAAAAUCAUGAAAGCAGAUUGCCUUCAGAGAGGAGCCUUUGGGGUCCUAAAGACUUGGGUUGAAGCCUGGGCAAAAGCAAAGACCUAGAAAUAUGUGGCACAAGCCCAAAACAGGAAUAAGACAACUUAAAUGUUUAGGGACUAGAAAAUGUAGGCUUUUCCCAAAAAUAUAACUAGCAGUGCAUUGCCUGCCUGUGUCUGUGCGGGCGUCUCUUACCUUUUUCUCUUUUCCUUAAUAAACUUGCCUUGUUCUGAUGAACAGGAAUGUCUGCUAAGUUUCUUUCUCAGAGGAACCCAGGAAUCCCACACACUGAACCCCCAUUAUCUGAACCCCAACAAUCCUACACAUGGAUAAUUCCUCCCAAUCUUUAUUAUUUUUCCAGGGAUGGUUGCUUCUGCAAUUAGGGAAAGGGUAUAAGCUUCUUCACUGACCUCACUGCCAGAGCAGGGUGUCCUGGAGGUCACCUCAGAGAAUCCUAGGGAGGUCACUGCCAAGCACCUUCAAGACAGACUCAGAGGGGCAUCUCCCUGGUGGCCUAGGGGUUAAGUCUCAGCACUAUCACCACGAGGACCUGAGUUCAGUCUCAGCCCGGGAGCUGAUCCAUGUGGCACAGCAGAUCUCUCCUAUCUCGCCCGCUGCUCCCCUCAGUGGUGUAUUUCAAUAGAUCUGCCUG